GCCGCGGGGCCAAUGAGGGGCGCCGCAGAUGACGUCACGGCGGGAGGGGCGGUGCCCGGAAGUGGCUGGGCCCAGGGGAGGCCACGUGCGGUGCGGGGUGCAUGCCAUGGCAGAGUACCGCAUCCGGGAGUACCGCGACGAGGACUAUGAGGCUGCACGCGAGCUGUUCGCAGCUGCCAUGAGCGAGCACGCACCUGGCCUGUGCAUGCACGUGCUGCACCAGCCCUGGGUCCUGCUGGUCCUCGCCUGCACCUUCACUCUCCUGCUCGCCAGCUCCCGCUCAGUGCUGCUGCCCGUGCUGGCCGUCACCCUGCUGCUGGCGCUGGGCCGGCAGCUGCUGAGCUACGCCUGGGGCCUCUACAUCGAGCGCUGCCUGGGGGACGACCUGCGGGACAUCCACGCCAGCUACGUGGAGCCCGCCAGCUCCUGCUUCUGGGUGGCGGAGGCAGCCGAGGGCGUGGUGGGCACCGUGGCAGCACGGCCGGCCGACGCCGGUAACGGGACACUGAUGCUGAGGCGCAUGGCGGUGCGCCGGGACUUCCGGGGCCGCGGCGUGGCCACGGCGCUGGGCCGCGCUGUGCUGGGCUUUGCACAGCACCGGGGCUGCCGCGCCGUGGUGCUCAACACCCUCAUGGUGCAGCACGAGGCCCGCAGGCUCUACGAGCACCUUGGCUUCCAGCCCGACCGCCGCUACCUGCUGCCCACCCUGUACGGGCGCCUGGCUGGCUGCGUUAUCACCACCUACCGCUACGACCUGCCCGCUGCUGACUGAGCGCGGGUCCUGGCCCCGGCACCGCGCUGCGGGCGGGCAGGACUGUCUCACGUAGCGCCCGGCUCUUGUGCAUGAUGAGCAGGACUCUGAGUGCAUGGCGGGCCUGACGUGGCCGGAGCUGUGGCCCCCGGUGGGGCUGGGCGUGACACUGCCCCGUGGCCCCAUAGAUGCUGCCACGGCUCGGGGUCUUCUCAGGGUGAUGCCAGCGGACGAAAGCGCCCGUGUCGGUUUGCUCAGGGACAGCAGGACCCCUCAGGGUCAGACCCAGACAGCAGGGACAGCUCAGGGGUGGGGUGGGGGGUAGGUUGCCCCAGCCCCUCUGGACAGUGUGUGCAGGGCAGUUCCCCAGGGUGGCGGAGGCUGGCACUUGGGGGACAUGGUCUCCAGGGUGGGCAUGGGAGGGGUCCCCCUCCUGCAGACGCUCAGGGAAGGUCCUUGCUUUGUCCGUGGGACUAGGUGGGCCACGUCAGCUCCUCCAGGCCACAGCUAGAGCUUGUCCCCCCUAUCCCCCAUGCAUACGGGUAAGCAGACCUAGGUCCCCAGACGUGGGUGCCAGUUGGGUGCAUCUGGGCCUGCCCAGCUCUGGUCUCCCAAGGGUUGUUCCCCAGCCGUGCUGAGGGAUGGGCACUGGGGGCUGCAACAAAUAAAGAGAUGCUGCCUUGGUCA